GUACCAAACCCCCCUGCUCCGGCGGGGGUGGGUGCGAUCGGAAAGUGACGGAGCGCCGGGACCCGUCGGCUCCAGCCCAUCCUGCGGCCGGCGGAGAGAGCCCGGCGGGGAGAGCACGGGGGCGGCGGCGCCGCGGAUUAACACUAAAGCCCCACAAUGUCCUUGAAACCACGAGUAGUUGACUUUGAUGAAACAUGGAACAAACUUCUAACAACAAUUAAAGCUGUUGUUAUGUUGGAUUAUGUUGAAAGAGCAACGUGGAAUGAUCGCUUCUCAGACAUUUAUGCUUUGUGUGUGGCCUAUCCUGAACCUCUUGGAGAGAGACUUUAUACUGAGACUAAAAUUUUUUUGGAGAAUCAUGUACGCCAUUUGCACAAGAGAGUUCUGGAAGCUGAAGAACAAGUACUGGUUAUGUAUCACAGAUACUGGGAAGAGUAUAGCAAAGGGGCAGACUAUAUGGACUGUUUAUACAGGUACCUCAACACACAGUUUAUUAAGAAGAACAAACUGACUGAAGCUGAUCUUCAGUAUGGUUAUGGAGGGGUGGAUAUGAAUGAACCUUUGAUGGAAAUUGGAGAGCUAGCUCUUGAUAUGUGGAGAAAAUUAAUGAUUGAGCCACUGCAGGCCAUCCUUAUUCGGAUGCUCCUCCGAGAAAUAAAAAACCCAAGCACUCCUCCUACAAGGCAAGCUGAAUAUCAACUUAAGCAUUUUUGUUUCAACACAACAGGAAGCCGACAAGAUCUUGAAUUUGAUCGCUGUGGAGAAGACCCAAACCAGAAAGUAAUCCAUGGGGUUAUUAACUCCUUUGUUCAUGUUGAACAGUAUAAGAAAAAAUUCCCCCUAAAGUUUUAUCAGGAAAUUUUUGAGUGUCCUUUUCUGAAUGAAACAGGGGAGUAUUAUAAACAAGAAGCUUCAAACUUAUUGCAAGAGUCAAAUUGCUCGCAGUACAUGGAGAAGGUUUUAGGUAGAUUAAAAGAUGAAGAAAUGCGAUGUCGGAAGUACUUGCAUCCCAGUUCGUAUGUCAAAGUGAGUCAUGAAUGCCAACAGAGGAUGGUAGCUGAUCACUUGCAGUUUCUACAUGCAGAAUGUCACAAUAUUAUCAGACAAGAGAAAAGAAAUGACAUGGCAAAUAUGUAUACUCUACUUCGUGCUGUGUCAAGUGGUUUACCUCAUAUGAUUCAGGAACUACAAAACCAUAUCUAUGAUGAGGGCCUUAGAGCAACCAGCAAUCUUUCUCAGGAAAACAUGCCAACUCAGUUUGUGGAGUCAGUUUUGGAAGUACAUAGUAAAUUUGUUCAACUCAUCAACACUGUUUUGAAUGGUGAUCAACACUUUAUGAGUGCCCUUGAUAAGGCUUUGACAUCAGUAGUCAACUAUCGGGAGCCCAAGUCGAUCUGCAAAGCACCUGAGUUGCUGGCCAAAUACUGUGACAACUUGUUAAAGAAAUCAGCAAAAGGAAUGACAGAGAAUGAAGUUGAAGACAAGCUGACAAGUUUCAUUACUGUUUUCAAAUACAUUGAUGACAAAGAUGUAUUCCAAAAGUUCUAUGCCAGAAUGUUGGCAAAAAGAUUAAUUCAUGGUUUGUCUAUGUCUAUGGAUUCUGAAGAAGCAAUGAUAAAUAAACUAAAGCAAGCCUGUGGUUAUGAAUUUACCAGCAAGCUCCAUCGAAUGUAUACAGACAUGAGUGUUAGUGCUGAUCUCAACAAUAAAUUCAACAACUUUAUCAAAAACCAGGACACAGUCAUUGAUUUGGGAAUUAGUUUUCAGAUAUAUGUUCUACAGGCUGGUGCAUGGCCUCUAACUCAGGCUCCUUCUUCUACAUUUGCAAUUCCUCAGGAACUGGAAAAAAGUGUACAGAUGUUUGAAUUAUUUUACAGUCAGCAUUUUAGUGGAAGGAAGCUUACUUGGUUACAUUAUCUUUGUACAGGUGAAGUAAAAAUGAAUUAUUUGUGCAAACCUUAUGUAGCCAUGGUCACAACAUACCAAAUGGCAGUGUUGCUUGCCUUCAACAACAGUGAGACUGUCAGUUACAAGGAGCUUCAGGACAGUACACAAAUGAAUGAGAAGGAACUGACAAAAACCAUCAAAUCUCUGCUUGAUGUCAAAAUGAUCAACCAUGACUCAGACAAGGAAGAUAUAGAGGCAGAGUCUACGUUUUCAUUAAAUAUGAACUUCAGCAGUAAACGAACAAAGUUUAAAAUUACUACAUCAAUGCAGAAAGACACACCCCAGGAGAUGGAGCAGACCAGAAGUGCUGUAGAUGAAGACAGGAAAAUGUAUCUUCAAGCUGCUAUAGUCCGUAUCAUGAAGGCACGUAAAGUGCUGCGACAUAAUGCUCUUAUUCAGGAGGUAAUUAGCCAAUCAAGAGCUAGGUUUAACCCAAGUAUCAGCAUGAUUAAGAAGUGUAUUGAAGUCCUGAUAGACAAACAGUACAUAGAGCGAAGCCAGGCCUCUGCAGAUGAAUACAGUUAUGUAGCAUGAUGUUGCUGUCCUGCAGGUAUGAUUGUAAGGAGAUCAUUGCUGUCACUGUUUGGUGUGUUCCUGUGGGACGAGGCAGGCCUGUGCCUCCAUAAUUGGUCACUUGGCAGCCCCUGUUUUUCUGCUGUUUACAACAUCACCAGUGCCAUGUCAUGAGCGUCAAUGAAAAUGCCUAUAGAUAUUUCAAGCUCAUGUCAUUACGACAUUUCUUAAAACUUUACUAAAAGAAUGAGUGAAGUAUUGCUGAAAUGUGGAGAAUUGGUUGGGUACCAUGCUUUUUUUUUUCCCCCCCUCCCCUUUCACGUUUGCAGUUGAUGUUUUUUAAUGUAUCUUAAGACAAAGUAAAAAAAAAAAAUCACACAAAAAACCUAAAUAUUGUAAUAUGACAGAUAACCUAAUAAUUGUAUCUACAUUAAAAUGUAAAAAAAUGACGAACAUGAUACUGCUGCUUGUCAAAUAAAAAAAUAAAGUUAUAUAAUGUGUCUGGAAUGAUUGUAGAGCUGGAUAUAGCAUUAAUGUCUGUAAAUAUUAUUCAGGCCUGAAGAGUAGAAAUAAUGUUACAUGUUUCGGUUUUGGACAACCUCAGAAGUAGGUCUGACAUAACAACUAAUUUAUAUAAAACUGAAUACCGGGUAUGUCAUGUUUGAUGUGAUUAUAAAAAGUAUUUAUGGUUAAGUGCACAUCUUGUUUUCUUGAGAUUAGGCUAAUUUACAUUCUCAGUGCCUGAAGGCCUCCCCUGUGUCUGUUAAUCCCACACUGCAGGAAUACGUUACAAGAGAAAAUAAACUGACGUUUGAGGGAAUUUAAGUGGUGUAGUUCACAAACAGUUAGGAAUAGUUAUCAUGGACAUCAAAGAUAGAGUUCAAUGGCUUGUGAAACCACCUUCUUAAUGGAAAAGCAUACAGCAGACUGGUAACUGAAAAAUGUUUUUUCUCCAGUGUAUUAGGUAGAAACACUACAUGGAUGGGUAUCUAUGUUUGUUUCCACAUAAACUCAUACUGCUUGUUUCUUGUUUUCCUGCCUGACUCCUAUGGUUGUUUUUAUCAUGUUUUGUUUUCCUCUGCCCCAAUUAGAUUUCCAGCUGUUGGGGUGAGACAAGAAAUCCACAGGCUAUUUCAUGUCCUGUGUUGUUCAUCAGGGUUGGCAUGGUGACUGUUCACUCUCAAACAAGCAAACUAUAAUUUUAAAAGGUACUAAUUCUACCCCUGGAAGUGAAUGGAAUUUAAGAGCAUUGAGAGUUUGAACGCACUGAAUGCCUGCUGCAGAAAAGAGCUUCCUCAUGGCUAUGCCUGCAAUUAUGAUUGACAGGAUAAAUAUUAAGUUUAAAUGUUCUAUUUUUGCCAGAUUUAUUUGUGUGCAUAUAAAAAUACAUAUGUAGAUAUUUACUAUUUGCAAUAUUUUUUUAGAUUGUGUAGUAUCACCUACUAAAAAUCCAUACAUCAAGAACUAAUUUUAAAGAAAAAAAAACCUUUGGAGGGAGCUUUUUACUCCUCUUUUCUUUUUCUAGUUCUUCACUAGAAAGAAAGGUUUCUCUCCAACUCUCAGAUUGUUGCUGUCUCUUAUUUCUUAAGUGGUAUUGCAUUCAUAUGCUAUCUAGAGGAUAUAGGAAACUUUCUAUGGUUAACUAGGAAAUGCAUCAAGAAGUGGUGCUAUGUUUUUCUGAUAUGAAUUUUGCUAAGGAUGAAUAAAGGGCAAUAAACAAUAAAGGACAGUAAAUAUUGCUUCCAUAUUUAUGGUGUUUUAUCCCACUACACUAAGAUCUAGAUUUUUUACAUGGAUUUAUGUCUUAAAGAAGUGAGGUUUUUUAACUGAUUGUAAUAUGGUGCAGUAAAUCAUUGUCUCAAGUGUUAGUUUAGAUUUGUCUCUGUGUGGUGGGAGACAGCACAGGUACUUAUACUGUCACCACGUGUAGUAAACAGGAGAUACAUCAGCAUAGAUUUUGACUGACUUUAAUUUAUUUCUGUGUGGAGCAUUUCUGUGCUUUAUAAAAAAAAUUAAUUCAAUACAUCUUAGGACAAAAAAGAGGGGCAAUAUUCUAUUGCAUAAUACAAAAAAGGGGAAGAAUACUGCCUGAAUGCUGAAUUAUCAGAUCCUUUCUCCAGAAAACAAACUAACACUGACACCAAAGUGUCUGGAAACAAAUGUGUUUUAUCUUGUACCUUGUAUUUGAGUCAACAGAUCUUAAGCUUGUUUAUAAAAGGGUUAAUAGAAGCUUUAUUUAAAUAUAGAUUGCAGUAGCAAAAUUUUGAGGCUGAGUUUGAAGAAGUCUUGACCAAUUUAUUUUAAGAAUCAUAUCAUAGACAACACAAGAAGUUCACUGUUCUAGCCCAAAUGUGCAAAGUUUUAGCAUUACCUUAUCUCUGAAUUUUUGUAUACCUAAACCAUCAAAAGUAGUAUUUUGGCUUUUAGAUAAGCAUGCUGCUGAGUUGAGACAUGUUUAGUGAGUUAAAAAUAUUAAUCUAUUUCAGUGCAGUUGGCAUCCCCAGACACACAAAGUCAGUGUUUUCAGUGCCUCUUAGGAAAUGUGGUUAUAGCUGGGAAACAUUUUGAAUUCUUCUUUAUAAAUCACACCUUCUCCAUCAGGAAGAAGGUAGUGCAAAAUUCAGACCCCUGUAGCUGGGUUAUGUCACUGAAAUCAUUGCUGGCACACAGAGAUGCAGUUUAUAGUGUAGAACUUCAGCCUGGCAACCAAUACCUCUGGCAAGUGUAGGUUCAAAAUAUAAAGUGCUAAUGGGUAUUAACAUGAGGGGCAAAUUGUAAAAAGAGAAGAUAGCCAAAAAUGCCAUAGUUUUAAUAUUUUACUAGAACAAGCUGGUGUAACUGUACUGCUUUUUUUGUUUGUUUGUCAUAAGCCCUUUGACAUGUAUGACCUGCUGGUAUAUAGGAAGCCAUACAGCUGAGUCUGGAAACAAUGGUUUCAUACAUCUCAUACAUCCCUAAUAUCAAAAUGCACUUUACCUCUGGUAUUGAGCACUACUGAUCAUUCUUACACUAACUGAAAAGGUAUUUCUGUGAUGUUUUAAUUUGUCUUGAGAUUGAUUGUCUAGUUCUAGGAAAGAAAAGUAUGUCCCUGCAUUUUAGUGUGUUUAUACACACAAGGCAGUCAGAGCUAUGAAAGAUAUUUAAUCUCCAUAACAUAAACUGUUUGCAAAGCAGAGAGUAUCAUUACUUUCAAUGAGUACAUCACCUUUCCAAAAAGCAGAGUACAAAACUGUUCAAUGGAGAAAUAAAUUUUAUAAACUGAUGUCUUUCAGUUAUGCUUAGAAAGACAUGUCUUAUCCUUUAAAAAGUUGACUUUAAAAACAAGUGCUGCAACACAGUAUUGAUUAUUGAGUAUAAAUUCUUUGUACCCUAGGACAAAUAUUUUAGGACCAUCCUUGCUUUUUACAAACAUGGUAAGUACUUAGAGUUAAUUAAUCUAAUAUAUCACGAUACAUGCUUUAUUUUUCAAAGCCUGCUUUUAUUUCUCACACCUAAAAUCCUUUCCACCUUUUGUGUUUCCCUACAAAUUACUUCCACCAUUCAUGUCUACACUCUUUUUAGGACCCCUGUGACUGAAAGCUGAGUGGUGAUUUAAGCAAAACUGAAAUAGUCACGUUUGGUUGUUUUGGCUGGAGUAGGAAGCAGCUGACAUUAACACCAUCAUAAGUUCUUCCUUCUCAGCUGGGGAAAGUGCUGGGCACAUGCAUUACUAGUCUGCUACAGUAUCAGGUACAAACUACGCUUGAACCACGGGUGAACUUGGUGUACGUGAACCCUUUUCUAGAGCUUCUGAAUUAGCUAGAAAUCUCUGGUAUUUUACAGAGGAGUGCUAUACCAGCUUUGUGUGUCCUUCCUUCCACUCUUCCACUGAGAUAAAUAAAAUCACACACUGGUGUUCUGUAAAAUUUGCUCUCCAAAUCUUUGAUGUAGUUGUAUACAUGUAUACAUUGUAUACCAUGAACAGAAAAUCAUGUAUUUUAGGACUACAGAAAGUAAUGUACGACAGAACACUUGCCAAUGUCUGUUAGCCACUGGCAAAGUUGACAAAGGCAUCAGUUCUUUCAGUCUGACUCUUAUCCAACCAAAGAUUCGAUACAUUAGUGUUUACAGGAGGAAUGGAUGCAUAAGGAGAUUGUUACGCAUGUUGCCAUCUGAAAGAGGCCUUGUUCUUAACAUAAUCAUUGAAUGGCAAACGCUGUAAUUAUCACCUUUUCAUGGAAGCUGGUGCUUCUGAUGUGUGUCAAAGAGGCUUUUUCCAGCAGCUGAGAUCAGUAGCAGCGUAGCUGUCAACAGUUAGUAAAGAGGACUGAUGUGAGGGCAGUCUUGAAACUUGGCAGGUUGCUGUUGCCCGUCUUUUAACGUUGGUUAUAUAAUUUAUAACCUACUAGAUGUAUAUGAUAAAAAGUGCAGUACUUCUCUGGUAGUAUUUCACAUUAUAUUGAACAGUUUCAGUUGAGUUUCAAAAGAUGUACUUGGUCUGUUUUCUUAAAAACUCUAUGCAUGGAUCCAUUUUCCUUUCUUCUUUCCAGUCACCAGCUCAAUAGAAUUUGUGAUCAUCAAAACCUGAGUUUGAGAGAAUAAAAAAAAAAAUGUCUGAAACUCA